AUGUCCGCCUUCCGCCGAGGGAAAGGUGACUUCAUCGCCGCCGACCCAGGCUCCUCAACUGCUUCCGCCGCCACCUCCUCGGCUACUGCGGCUGGCCAAUCACAGAGCGGUGGGAGGCAGUCGCCGAGCAGGGGUGUCGUUUCGCGAGCUUCUUCCCCUUCGUUGGGAGUUGGCGCGUCGGUGGGGCGCGGAGGCGCUGCUGCUGCGUCAGCGGUGGUAGAAGGUCGGGGUGGCGACGGCGGCGGGAGGGCGGCGGUAGGGCGAAGCGGAGACGGUGGUGGCGGCUCGUCAGAAAGCCUGGACUUGCUGAGCCAGCGCAUCGUGCUGGGCGUGUGCGACGCCGUCACCGUCACCCCGGGGAUCACCGCGACACUCACCUCCCACAAUGUCUCGAGGCGGGCGGAGGAGCUCGUGAUGCGGCUCUGCGGGCUGGGGGCCAUGGCCAGCGUCAAGGUCCGCGGAGUCCUGGUGAAGCGCCGUUCCCUCCCCGGGGUUUGCGCGAAGGUGGCGUGCGAGGUGCUCUGCGACGCCGACAGGUUCGUGCUCGCGGUCGCCGCCGCCACCGCCUCCGGGGAGGACGACGAACACACCGCCGCCGCCGCCGCCGCCGCCGCCGCCGCUGCCGCUGCCGCUGCCGCCGCUGCCGCCGCUGCCGCCGCCGCCGGAUCGUCGCUAUCUAAGCGAUCCGGCCACGGGAGGCACCACCGGCAGGAGGACAACGGAGGCGUUGCCGUGGGAGGGGGCGGAAAUGCGGGGCUGAACUCGCACUGGUUCUGGGGGCACCUCCGCAAGUCUCCCGCCGUCACAGAGCAGCUCCUGGACACGGUGCUCGCUAGGGUCGAAGCCCUCUCUCGGGAGACCGUGGGCCGUGGCGGCGGGGCGGCGGCGGCAGCGUGCGGUGACCGCAUUGCCGGAAGCACCACCGCUCCCGCCACCACUGCUCCUGUCGGCGAGCUCUGCGCCGCCCUUCGCGCCUACUGCGAGCUGGUGGGCCUCGGACGACCGGCGGCGCUGACCGAGCGUCACCUGCAGGCGGCCAUGUCCGCCCCAACCGACGCGCUUGAGGCUAUGCUGCUGCUGCCGUCUGCUGCCCCCGGCCCAGCAGCCGCCGCGACGACGGCGACGGCAGCGAGAAGAGAUGCUACAACGUCUGUCGGGGGGGGGCAAGACGACGAGAUCGGGAUGUCGGCGGCGGUAGCGAGGCUGGAGGAGAUCAUCGUGUGCUCGAUCUUGUUGACCGCGGGCGGGGUGGCCGCCGCCGCCACCGCCGCCGCCGUUGCCGGCGGCAGCGGUGCAACGGGCGGGGUCGGCAGCAGCGGCGGCGUUGACAAGAAGGUCGAUGACGACGGCGGCGGCAGUCGCACGGCGGCGGCAGGCGUGGGCGCCGAGAAAGGAGCGAGGCGUUGCGCUUCUGCCCUACGUCGCCUCCUCCUCCUCUGCCGCUCGACUACUACAGGCCGUGGCGGCAGCAGAAAAAGCGGCAACGGGGGACGCCGCCGCUGCUGCUGCUGUGCGGGGCUCUACGCUGCGCUGUUGCUCCGUGGGGCGCGUUUCGAGGCGGUCGCCAACGUGGUGUCGGAGGUGCUGGGGUCCACCACACCGCCGCUGACUGGCCCCGACGGCAUGGACGCCCUCGACGCCCUCCGGGACGCCGCGCUAGCCGCCUCGGAGUCCGAGUUCCCACGCCCGCCUCCGUCCCCGCGUCCCUCCAACAACACGGCUGCCGAUGCCGCCGCCGCAGCCGCUGCCACCGCCUCGCCGCCGGUGUCCCCCCGCGGCGGCCCCAAGCUCGCCUCCGCUCGCCGCGGCUCGGAGGCUCCGGUGGCGGCGGGGGCCGUGGGAGUGGUGCCGGCAGAGAGGCUGCAGCGGCUGCAGCGGCUGCAGCGGCUGCGGCGGCGGCGGGGNGGGGGCCGUGGGAGUGGUGCCGGCAGAGAGGCUGCAGCGGCUGCAGCGGCUGCAGCGGCUGCGGCGGCGGCGGUGGCGGCGGCAGCCGGGGGCGCGGGGUGGUUCUCCGAGGCUGCCCUUGCGGACUGCGUGAAAGCGCUACCGCCGAGCUGCUCGGUUGUCGCCGCAGUAGCGGCCCCUUGCUCGGCUCUGGCACCGUCCGUGUCGGAAGGGGUAGAGGGAGAGCCACCGGCGGUAGCAACAGCGGCGUGGGGCGGCGCAAUCGUGGCGGCGGGGGGCGGGGGGCGAUGGAGGCUAUGCCCGGUGGAUUGCGUAGAGGAGGCGCUGGAACAGGGGCUCCUGGUCCGGUGCCGCGUCGACCUUCGAGACUGGGUGUUAUCCACCAUUCUCGGCGCGGGGACAGGAACCGGCAGCAGCAGCAGCAGCAGCAGCAGCAGCAGCAGCAGCAGCAGCAGCAGCAGCACCGGCAGAGGCGGGGCACCGGGGGGCAAGGUCGAUCUACAUCCGUCGCUGCUGCGCGUGGUUUGCCUGUACGCGAAGGCGUGUGUCGCGCCCGAUCUCGGGGCGGGGGACGGCGCGGGGAAGGCGUUUGUGAUGACGGCGCUGCUGCCGACGGAGAUUGCGGAGAUCGUGCAGGCCGUCGACUGGGUGGGAUAA